GACACUUCUAACCAAUCAGCAACUCACCUCACAUUUCCUUGUUUACAGUCCCAUUUCAGCAGCUGUUGUAGCCAUCUAUUAUUAUUAAAGGUAGUUCCUCUAAAGCAGCAUGCAGUGUAGGUUUUAUUCAGUCAGUUUCAGUCAAAGUCAGUUUGAUGUUAAGGACAGGAGAACAUCUUCAGGUGCACAUGGGAUAGCUUCACUUACUGGUUUAAUUGGAACGUCAGUGGUUUUUAAGACUCCCACAAAAACUCACCUGCACUAACUAGAAAGUCCAGUUUCUCAAGCAAGUCCCAGAAAACACCAGAGAGUCCUGAAUGCAACAUGGACCUGGACAGUAAACGUCUGGUGGUAGUAGUCCCAAACGAAGCAUCUGCACCGCCCCGCAGAGUGUUCAGCAGUGAGGAUGAAGCAUGGAGGAGUUACCUGGAGAACCCACUGACGGCUGCAACCAAAGCCAUGAUGAGCAUCAAUGGGGACGAGGACAGUGCAGCGGCUCUGGGGCUGCUCUACGACUACUACAAGGUUCCCAGAGAGAAGAGAUGUAUUUCUGGUGGUGUCAAACCCCCAGAUCCCCCUGCUCUCACCUCUAAUAACUGUGGAAGUCUAGAGAUGCUGGACCAGCAUCUUCAGGCUCUUGGAUCCAUGCCUGUCAAUCUCUCCCUCAACAACACUAUGGCUGCAGAACAUCACAGCUCCAAGUACGGACCCCUCAGCCUCAUAGGAGAUGCCAAAGGAGGAGGAGGUGGAGGUGGAGGAGGAUCUCUGGUCAAAUCUGAUGGUCACAUGUCUCUGCCGGCUUCUUGCUCCGGAGGUUCCUACCCAGAAGAAUCCAAAGAGUCACUGAGGAUGGUUUACGAGCAGAACCGCUAUGAUUUGUUCCUCGGUGGCUGUAUGAAAGAUGAACAGAGAAGCACGCCAGACAGCACCUACGAGGAUGUGGAAGAAGAGAUGUUCCACAGAAGUCCGUGCUCUGGAGGUGGUGGAUUAAAUUUCAAUGCACCAGUUGACAGUUUCCAGUACUGUCUGGAGGCCAGCAUGUCUCUGCGGCCCAGACAAGCAGAAGGACCCAUGGCGUAUCUGAACCGCAGUCAGUUCUACGCCCUGACGCUGUCCCAGACCGGCUUCAGAUCAUCCCUAUCUCAGCCCAGAGGCAAAGUGCGGGUGAGUGGGCCGGCGACGUCACAUGGGCCCAAGGGGAGCCCGUCCAGUGGUGAGCAAUGCACCAUGGGAGGCUCUGAGCUGCAGCGGGACAGUAUGGUGCAGAGUGUCAUCAUGGUUGUCUUUGGGGAAGACAAGUGCAGAGACGAGCAGCUGAAGAAUUGGAAAUACUGGCACUCCCGUCAGCACACAGCCAAACAGAGGGUCCUAGACAUUGCUGACUAUAAGGAGAGCUUCAGCACGAUUGGGAAUGUCGAAGAAAUUGCCUACAACGCUGUCUCUUUCACAUGGGAUGUUAGUGAAGAAGCCAAGGUGUUCAUCUCCGUGAACUGCCUGAGUACGGACUUUUCCUCACAGAAAGGUGUGAAGGGGAUGCCUCUGAAAAUCCAGAUCGACACCUACAGCUACAAUGGCUGCAGCAGCAGACCCAUCCACAGGGCCUUCACCCAGAUCAAGGUCUUCUGCGACAAGGGUGCUGAGAGGAAGCUACGUGAUGAGGAGAAAAAGCAGCUCAGGAAACGAAUGAAAGGGAAAAAUGGCAGCUCUGUGUCUGCCUCUCCCAUUAAGCGGUCAGAGAACACACUGUUCAAAACAAUGAGUGACUUGGACUCGCAGCCGGUGCUUUUUAUUCCUGACGUCCACUUUGGAAACCUGCAGCGAGCAGGACAGGUAUUUGCUUUUGACACAGAGGAGGUCGACGGCGAUGGGAGCGUACUGGUGAAGAGGGUAUCGUGUAUUUCAGAGGAAAACAUGUGUCCACCUCAGUCUAAAAAGUCCAAAGUCGAUCAGGAACGAAAAGUCCUGCUGUAUGUGAGGAAGGAGUGUGAUGAAGUGUUUGACGCCUUGAUGCUGCAUACGCCAACUGUCAAAGCGCUGAUGGAGGCUAUCUCCGAGAAAUAUGGAGUGCCUGUUGAAAAAAUUUCCAAAGUUUAUCAGAAAAGUAAAAAGGGGGUUCUAGUGAACAUGGACGACAACAUCAUCCAGCAUUACUCCAACGAGGACACGUUCAUCCUGGCCAUCGAGAGUUCAGCAGACUCCUUACGUGUCACACUGUCAGAAAUCUGAAAAGACUUCAGCAAUAUACAAAAUAUUUUAUGUAGAGAUAAUGAGGGGAUGAAACGUUAACUGCAUCUACAAAUAGUGUCAUUGCUCAGAGUAUUACUCCACAGACCUGCUUACACACAUCUUGCUGAAGGUGAACAGUUCCUGGCUGACACUCAUGCAUCUCUUCACUGUUUGACACUAAAUGGUUGUGACUAAAACAGUGUUUAUCUUGUUCAUCACCAAGUAUCCAACCCCGUGUUGUGGUUUCACAGGAAGAAGACUGCUCCGUACACUUUGUCUUAUUGGAUUAACAGCAGAGGCUCCUGUUUGCAUGCUCUGCAUACAUUCCUGUUACGCAGCCUUAUGACGGAAGCUUUUACAUGACUUGUUCAGAUGUUUGAUGGAAAGUCUGUACGUCUUCUGCUUGGACUUGUCAACAUUACAGGAUACUCAUUUUGUAUGUGAAUAAUUUUGUAUGUCCAUGUUUUAUUGACGGCGGUCAUAUUUUACUGCGUGCUUAAUGUUUCCAAUCGGUGCCAGUGAAAUAACAGUUAUCCCAGGUUGUGAUUACACGCUGGUGUCUCUGGUGUCUAUAAUUACACGAGGCAUCAUUAUGGAACAAGACUCUGAGUCUCCAGGAUGCUGUUAAACUGUUUUGCUUCCUCUGUGUGUGUUUAUUGCUUUUCAUCUCACUGAAGAGACUGUAGUCAUUAGUAUUUAUGACAUUAUUUAGAGACUCACAAAGCCCAACCGGCCCAUCGAUUUACACAGUCGUCCUCCGAGUCUUCUGCAAAGAAUCAAAGCCUAACAGUUUGUUUUCUCUGCUGCAACUUAGUGCCUGUGUUUGCACCUGAAUGUUGCUUUAUACACACCAUGCUCCAUAAUGUACAGUGAGUAAAUAAAUAUAGUUUUAUAUUGUGUCACUUGUGUACUGUACUUCUUUUAAGUGUCCUCUGCAGCACAGUCGGCCUGC